GCAUCGGAAUGCAAUGCUUGAUGGGUUUCAGUGUAUAUCACUGCCGUUGACAAAUUGACUUAGCCUUCUUGCAGUAGUUUUCAGGGUCAACCUUUCUACAUGUACAUCAAAACCGCCUACCACAUGCGUGCUUUAUUUGAAUUCCCCACCGUGUUUGAGAACCGUUGAUAUUCAAUGAGGAGUCUGGAGAGGAGCUUAACUGUUUAAACUUGACGUUUAGAAAUUGAAUUGAAUUGGUCGCGGGCUCACAUCUUCAAAUUUACAAGUGUAAUAUACUGGUGGUCGUGUCGUGUGCUCUGCGGUUUGAGAUGAGGUUAUAAAAAUAUAAUGAGGACUUGACACCUAGCGGCGAAUCAGUUGCAGCAGGCUUGCAUGAAAGCAGCAACCAGAUGACACCUCCUUCGGAGCGACUUCGCCUCUUCAUGGUUUCCGUAUAAACCUUUAAUGGUGCCUGGAGAAGGGUCUUUCGAAGCAAGAUGCCUAUUUUAUGUCCGGGUGCUGGUUCUCUUUGGAAACUAGGAAAACAUUCUAGACAUGGAGGGCAAAGAUCAAACUCGCGACAUUCUGCAUCAGGCUCCCGACCUGUCAAAGCGAGGGGUACGCUGGCGCACCCCUUCACUCAGAAAGAGUUAGACGUUGGUCCCCCAAUGUCCCCUGGUAGUUCAGGAGGUGUGUAUCUGGGGCCAUCAGAGAAGAAAGAUAAGGUUUCGUCUACCACUUCUACCACCACCGCUACUCCUUCUGCCCAGGAUAAGAAACUCGCUGAGAUUCGGUCUCCGACGGAUUACUAUACGGAUGGAAAUGUCUUCAUUGGACAAGAUGUUACAAAAGUCGUCGAGUUGGAUACCAAACUCUCAUCGGAGCGUGUGGACCUACUGCAUCCAAUGAGAGCAGAGCAGAGUCAUCACAACGACACCCUGAACCCUGAUGGAACACUUGGUUCCAUUGUCUUCUUCGAGGAGACCUUCAUGAGUGCCAAGUUCUCUCAUCUCACCACCAGCUCUCCGGGUGGCGCUGCGAACAGGUCCAGAACACUGGACACCACGACCGCAUCGUUACAUAACUGGUCAGGGUUACAGGAUAAGAGAAAUAAAGAAAGUACUAUCCCAUCUUGGGUGAGACAGAGGCGCUGUCUUCCAACUCUGGAUGAAGUAGACUUUGAUCAAAUUGAUCUCAUCAGCCUACACAGCCUCCCGACUAACGAAAGUCAACAGCAACUAUUCUCCCCUGAUCGAACCAAUGGUGUGCGUCUUCAAACAGUCGACGAGGGAAAUGAACAGAAGUUCACAGUUAAUAACAAUGUGAAUAACAACUGGAUGAAUUCCAAAUCUAAGGAGGAAGUGUCUCAACCUCGAUCUCGUAUUCAACAUAAGCUUAAAGAUGACCAUGUGUCGAAAAACCAGAGAUCAGUGCUUGGUGACCUCACGAAUAUGGAUAACUCUCCUGGACCAAAAUCGACAGCUAAGCCGACCAAUCAGAGCGCGUUCUACAAGAUUCCCAAACGCGCAUCAGCACGAGAGAGACGCUCGAGACGAAACGGACGAACAUCGAAUAACCGUAAAAUCAAACCUUCCUCUUCACGGGAAAGUCUGGUGAAUGCUUUGGAUAAACCAAACGAACAUACGUAUGUGAAUCUAGAAUACAUCGCUGGUAUAAUGACGAACAGUCCGCCAAAAGAGGGCCCAAAGAAGAUGAAUGCAAGUAUUCACGAUUACGAGAGUAUUUGGUCGAGUUCGCCCGCCAAAUCCGCGGCUGUACAAAGAAGGAUGAGACAUUCAUUGGAGAGGAGUGGUCAGUUAGGAAUGUCUCCAGCCGUUAGCAUUGCGGCUAAGCAAAAUGGUAGAUUUUCACAAAACAAAAGAAGGUCGGAAGGACAAAGAACAUCUUCCAAGCUGUCUUCAAAACCUGACCUCUUCGCUGAUUUGCCUAAAGCGAGCCCAUCUCCUCGGAUGACACCUAACUCAACUCUCGACAAACAAAAUAUGCAAGGUGCUCUGAAAAGCUAUAUGAUGGGAAUAAAAGAAACCGUUGAAAAAGAUGGUGCACACAAGAAAGAAAGCCGGUCAAGCACAUCCUCUUGGGAAAGCGCCACCAACAGCCACUCGACCGAGGGUGAAGAGUGUGCCGUAAUCUUGUCUAAAGGUGCUCAAACCAAACCGUCACAUCAGCAACGGCCAUCAAGGACGAUUCAACAGAAGAAACGAAGUGAAAGGAAUGUCAGAAAUUCUGAUGAUCCGCUCGGCAGGAACGGAAAUGUCCCUACUCUCAAUCGCCAAAUUCUAGACGAGGGAAUGUAUUACAUUCCUAAAGAUUUGGAUACAAAGAGACUUGUAGAAACUCCAUCUUUUGUCAACAAUGCGAUCAGAAAAGCACGAAUCGUAAGGACAAACAGCAUCGAGGAAAGUUCAAGAGAAGUGCAGGAUAUUUCAGCAAAGCCGAAGCCUCCAACUAGACACGCUGAAUUCAAGCCUAAGAAGUCAUCCCAUAUAGAAUACAGACGUUCCUUGCCAGCCCCAUCAACACUGAACACCCUACGUCCUCAGACGACUCCUCAGCGUCGGUCCACUACGAAUGUACGCGCAGUGGAGGAGAAGCUUUCUCAGAAGCAGAAUCGUAAAAUCCGACGAACCAUUGAAGGAGACGAAGUCCUUGAGGCACUGUUAGUCCAAGAACAAUCUGAGGCACCUCCACAGCUACAUGAAGGGACGAAGACCAAUGAAAGAUGUUCCGAGUCUGGAGAAACCUUGCCUGGUGAACCGCAGGGCAGGAAUGAGAUAUCACGUGUACAGAGGAUCAUUGAGGAUUGGAACCAAAGCUCGAAGAGAAUCGCUCAAAGACACGCAUCAACUCACUAUGUAGGUGGUCACAUUCACACAACUUCUACAAACCAGCUACCCGAUCAGAAGCCACCUCGGCCGGUGUCCAGUGAUAGAGGUCAAGUUGGCACCGCCAGAGUGAACUGGAUCAAAGGAGCUAGGAAAAAUAGUAAAGGGACAGGAAAUCCCCGGAGUGACCCAAGAACAUUGCGUACUGAAGUCAAUCAAAGUUCUGUUCGUCGAAUCCCUACCACGUAUUCGUCACUUCCCAGGACACAGGACCCCAGACUGGUAUUGACGUCACCGGGUGUGACAGAAGUAUACGUCACCACACAUGCUUAUACCCCAGGCGAAGUGGACGAGGUUGAAGCACAGCGUGGAGAGAUUGUCGUUGUAAACUCAGCCAUGCAGCGAGAAAACGACUGGAUGUGGGUCUACGUUCCACGCACUGAUCGAUUCGGUUAUCUUCCUGCAUUCUCCGCCCGCCCCCUAGAGUUUCAAGUUAAUGAAGUUUGAAGUCGUUUAUUCUGGCCGUGUCUCGCAAAAUAAUGACGAAAUGUAAUACAGAACGAAUAGAACAUAUUAAUAAUAUCAUCCUUGUAAUGAGACCGCAGUUUGUGAUAACAGAUGGAAGUUAGAAUGCAUUAACUUUUUAAUGAGGAACAUUUUUGUAAUAGAUUCGGGUAACUAACUUGAACUUCUUGUAUUCUUCUAGUAAUCUUGCCUUGGUUCGGAGUAUUCUUCAUCUCUUGUAUAAUUUGAUUAAUCACAUAACUUUGGUACAACUCUUAUUUCUGUAAGAAUUAUUAUUAUUUUCAGUAAUGUCACCUUCAUUCACAUACUGUACGUGUAUUAUAAAUAGUGUAAGGUAAGGAAUAUUUACAGUAAUGGCCGAUGAGAUAUAUAUAAAACGAACGAUUUAGAUGAUACAUGAAUUACACAUAGUGGUUUUGUAAUUUUAAUGAAUCUACAGGUAUUUAAACCAAAAUGUAUGUGUAUUUUUUCCGACUUAUACCUUGCUCAUGGUUUGGAGAAGACAAAGAGAGUGAUGUUGGAUGUGAACCCGGUCACUGUUUAUAACUGAUUCUAAAAGUGUACAUCGUAAUUUUCUAUGCAACUCGUAUUCUUUUUCUUAUGUUCAAUAUAAUGUGCCUUUACAAAAUAUAAUAACUAUGCAAAUAUUAUUAUGCACUUUUCAUAACCCAAGCUUAGCUCAAAUAAUGAAAGGAAGAAAGGGCUGAAGCUAGAGAAAAUUAAUAUUAUAUUUAUCAACGAAAGUACGGGUGAAUUUCUAUGUUUGUUUAGGAACUGUUUGUACAAUUUGUUAUACAUUAAAUCUUGAUUUUCACCGCUACGUAAAGCACCUAUUUGCAAAACAUUCAAUAUACAAAGAACUACAUAAACUGACGUUCAUUGAAACAUUUCUUUCUGAUAAAUAUGUUCUUCAAAUAU